AACUUUUUGGAAUCCAGCCUAGGGCGCUCUCUUUGACGCUAGGCGCACUCCAAGCCUGCACCCGGUUCACACUUUCCUUAAGAGGGUUGGGUAAUCCUCGCCACUUCAGUGCGUCGCAUCUUGUCGGCUGUCAUCACGUCACUCAUGAUGUACAGCUUCAUGGGAGGGGGCCUGUUCUGUGCCAUUGUGGGGAACAUCCUGCUGGUAGUGUCCACAGCCACAGACUACUGGAUGCAGUAUCGGCUCUCGGGCAGCUUUGCUCACCAGGGCCUGUGGAGGUACUGCAUGUCCGGCAAGUGCUACAUGCAGACUGACAGUAUUGCUUAUUGGAAUGCUACCCGUGCCUUCAUGAUCCUGUCUGCCAUGUCGUGCUUUGCGGGCAUCAUCGCGGGGAUCCUCUCCUUUGCCCAUUUCUCUGCCUUUGAGAGGUUCAACCGCUCAUUCGCUGCUGGGAUCAUGUUCUUUGUUUCCACCCUCUUUGUUUUGCUUGCAAUGGCCAUUUACACCGGAGUGACGGUGAACUUCCUGGGCAAACGCUUUGGGGACUGGCGUUUCUCCUGGUCUUACAUACUAGGCUGGGUGGCUCUGCUCAUGACGUUCUUUGCAGGUAUCUUCUACAUGUGCGCCUACAGAAUGCAUGAGUGCCGGAGGGUGGCUGGCCCGCGGUAAAUGACCAGGAGGUCACAUGUAAGGCAAAGGAUGCUGUCAAUGAUGUCACAUAAUAAAAC